AUGCAGGUCACAAAUGUUUACGCCAUCUGUGCUUUUGCGGCCAUUGGGGGUGGGUUGUUUGGCUUCGAUCUGUCUUCGAUGUCAGGAGUUCUAGGGACACAGGCCUACAUUCGCUACUUUGACAACCCGCAAUCGUAUCGUCAGGGAGGGAUCACAGCCUCGAUGCCCGCCGGCUCCUUUGUCGGCUCCUUGCUCUCAUCAUUUAUCGCCGAUAGGUUCUCCCGUCGAAGCGCAAUUCAAUAUGCUGCCUUGAUCUGGAUUGUUGGAGCUAUUAUUCAAUGCGCCAGUCAAAAUGUCGCAAUGCUCGUGGUUGGUCGAGUGAUUGCAGGGAUAAGUAUUGGAAUGGCAUCUUCGAUAGUUCCGAUAUACCAGUCUGAAAUUGCACCGAAGGAAAUCCGUGGGCGCAUCGUGUCUCUGCAACAGUGGGCCAUAACCUGGGGCAUCCUUAUUCAAUAUUAUAUCCAAUACGGAGCCUCCUUUACCGGUGGGGGAAUUGACAAUCCAAACCAAGGAACCCAGGCUUUCCGUAUACCCUGGGGCGUGCAAGCCGUCCCCGGAGUUCUGCUCUAUUUUGGUCUCUUCUUCUUCCCACGCAGCCCUCGAUGGUUGGCGAGCAAAGAUCGGUGGGAAGAAGCCCUCAAAGUCCUUGCAGAUCUUCAUGGGAAAGGGGAUGUGAAUCACCCCAAAGUACUUGCCGAAUACACGGAGAUACAAGAAGCUCUGCAAUUUGAACGGGAGAUGGCACAGUCUAGUUUCAAAGCUUUGAUUGCUCCGAAGAUGGCCAAGCGAGUCUUUCUUGGUAUGUCAGUCCAGAUGUGGUCACAGCUAUCCGGUAUGAACGUUAUGAUGUACUACAUCGUCUAUGUUUUCCAAGGCGCGGGAGUCAAUGAUCCCCUGCUCAUAGCUUCUAUUCAGUAUGUGAUCAACGUCGCAAUGACACUCCCUGCCAUUAUCUACAUAGAUCGCUGGGGACGUCGCCCCACUCUGAUCCUCGGAUCAAUUGGUAUGAUGAUAUUCCUGUUCAUCAACGGCGCUAUUCAAGGAGCUUUUGGUGAGCCCAACGUGCAUCCAACAGCCCUCAACUCCGCCGUCACAUGGAUACUAGUCGACAAGAAUUCACAGGCAAAAGCCGUCAUCGCCUGCUCAUAUAUCUUCGUCGCGAUCUUUGCAACUUCUUGGGGUCCAGUCAGUUGGACUUAUCCAUCAGAGAUCUAUCCUGCCCAAGUAAGGGCCAAGGCAGUGUCGUUGGCGACGGCGUCCUGCUGGGGCUGGAAUACAGGUUUAGCAUUCUCUGUGCCUCCAUUACUUCGCGCUAUUAAUUGGAAGAUGUAUAUGCUCUUUGCCACCUUCAAUGGCCUGGCUUCUAUCCACAUGGCUCUGGCCGCACCAGAGACCAAGGGCAAGACGCUAGAAGAGAUGGACGAACUCUUUGAGUCAGGUCGUCCUGCAUGGAAAACGGUCAAGGGCUCUAAACUUGACGAGAUUACCCGCAAGAUUGAGGAAGGCAAUCUCAAAAUCGACGUUCCUGGCCAUGUCGAAUCAGUUCACGCGCCUUCGAAAGAAUGA